CAAGAGAGAGUAUAGCUUUAUGAGCCAUUAUCGUGGGCGCAAUGGCGAGGAACAAGAAGCAAGAAAUUGCCAGCUUGCGCCGAGAGCUUGCUGGCGAAAGAUUGGUGCCUUUGAAUCGGCUCGCGGGCGACAGCGGCACUGAUGAUGGAGAGCGGAGACAUCAGUUGGUCUGGCAAAACUUUCGCAUAAAGGAUUGCACAUCAGCCAAUGCUAUGGUGCUUGGCACAGAGCAUCCUGAAUUCAUCGAGGGUCAGGAGGCAGCGGCUGCCAACACUGUGGAUCUCUUCGACUCAAUGGAACUUUACCCUGCUGGUGUGGUAGGCACAUCUCUGAAGCGGCUUGAGUGCAGACACGGGCCACUUCUGACGGGCCACGGAUUCCUUUCAGAAUUUGCUUCAUCACCAACCUUGCGCAGGAGUGCCACUAGAACGUUUAGCGACGGUUCAUGGGCAUUACUUUGGAAGUGGCUUUGAAAAGACAGUUGGCAAGAAGCUGCGGCAGUUUUGCAUCGAAAAGUUUGAGUAUGACGACCGUACCAAGAAGGUACGGCUUUCUGCAAAAUUGCUGAAUGCAAUGCGAAAAAAAUGAGGCAAGAGAUUUAAUCAAAGAAGAACACGCGCACUUCAAACGCUACAAAGAGGGCCUGAUCGAGGAGCGAGAACCGGUGAAGCCGCCACCCUUUGCACUGGCGGCACCUCAAGUGGCCUUUGACGCGGAUCAUCGGCCAAGAUACGCGACUACGAAAAUGACACCUGAUGAGCUCGAAGAGAGGCCUAUGAAUGCCAAGGGACUUGGCAAGGGUGACUACUUCUGAGCCGAGCUGCAUAGGACACCUGUACGGGCAGGACAACCGGUUCUUCCUUGCGCCGAGAAUAGGACAUGCUAUUCUGGACAGGUACUUUUAUCGUUUGUCAUUCCGUUUCUGCCCAAGAGCUUGUUUUCGCUUGACAGCUUCAGGGUGCUAACUUGCAGAGCAGUAGACACGAUUCGCUCCAAAAAAUGGCCGAGCAUU